AUGUACCCUGGUCGAAAAUGGUUGGAUUUGGACAUUUUUGAAGUCCAAUCUACUUCUCCUAAACCUUCGGCAGAUUACCUCCCUCAAAAGUCUGUUGUUGCGCAUAUCCCCCAAGUAAGACCUGUCCUUCGAGCUUCCAGAUGGCCGCAAUCUCAGCUAUACCACCUUUGGGCACCCAUCUCCCCAAAUCAGUCGGUCAUAUUCUACUUCCACGGGUUUCCCGGCACCCAUAGCGAGGGCCUUCCUGUCCACGAGGCGGCUUCAGCGCGCGGCGUCGUUGUAGUUGGUGUCACAAGGCCCGGCUUUGGCGACUCGACGGCACAUCCCGGCCGCACACUGUCCUCAUUCCCCCCCGAUGUCCUGCAUCUUGCCGACCACCUAGGCGUGCAGCAGUUCGCCUUCCUGGGCACCUCCGGAGGCGGACCCUAUGCGUUGGCCUGUCUGCGGCACUUGCCCGCCGAGCGGCUGCGAUCCGUGGCUGUCGUGUCCGGCAUGUGGCCCACGGCUCUGGGCACGGCGGGCAUGAUGCCGCAAAUGCGCGUCAUGUAUACGCUCGCGAGCUGGGUGCCCGGAUUGGUCAACUGGAUGGUCGGCAUUGAGCUCAACGCCGCGGCCCGGGACGCCGAACACCCGGAGAAGUUUGAGGAGCUGAUGGCUAAAGGCUUUCAGAGAUGGCCGGUCGAGGACCAAGAGGUUAUUUUUGAGGAGGACCGCAAGCUUUUCAAGGUUUUGUCACGAAGCUCGCGGGAAGCCAUCAAGCACGGCACUGGCGGAUUUGGUACCGAGGCGCAAAUCUUCGGCAGGCCUUGGGAGUUCCAGCUGGAAGAUUUACCCAUGGAUGGUAGGCUGGGAGUGUGGCAUGGCGCAAAGGAUCGCAAUGUUCCAAUUACGAUGGCUGAUCAGGCAGUCGAGUUGAUGCCCGGUGUUGAGUACCACAGGUUUGAGGAGGAGGCUCAUCUGACUUUGUCUAUGAAGCACCUGGGUGAGACUCUGGACUCAUUGCUUAGCAAGUUGGAGAACUGA